AUGCAGCGCUCCCGGGCGGCCGCGGACGAGGCGGCCCUGCUCCUGGCCGGGCUGGCCCUGCGGGAGCGGGAGCCCGAGUCCGGCGGCGACUCUCCGGGCCGCGGGCGGCGGGGGCCGAGGCCCGGGCCGGGAGACGAGGCGGCGCCAGCGCUGGGCCGCAGAGGGAAGGGCGGCGGCGGCGUUGGCCCCGAGGCUGGGGCGGACGGACCGAGCCGCGCGGAGAGGGGCCCCCGGCGCGCGGCGGCCCCGGAGCUCAGCGCGCAGCCGGCAGGCAGCCCGCGGGCUAGCCUGGCGGGCUCCGACGGCGGCGGCGGCGGCGGCGGCGGCGGUGGCGGCGGCGGCAGCGCGCGCUCCAGCGGUAUCAGCCUGGGCUACGAUCAGCGCCACGGCAGCCCGCGCUCCGGCCGCUCGGACCUGCGUCCCGGCCCCGGGCCGCCGUCGGGGGGCAGCGCCCGCUCCAGCGUGUCCAGUCUCGGCUCCCGCGGCUCCGCCGGCGCCUACGCCGACCUGCUGCUGCCUGGCGCCGGCCCCGCGCCGGCUCGCUCCCCGGAGCCCGCGGGGCCGGCCCCCUUCCCUCUGCCUUCGCUGCCGCUGCCCCCGGGCCGCGAGAGCGGGGCGAGCGCGGCCGAGCGGCGGCUGGAGGCGCUCACCCGGGAGCUGGAGCGGGCGCUGGAGGCGCGCACGGCGCGGGACUACUUCGGCAUUUGCAUCAAGUGCGGGCUUGGCAUCUACGGAGCGAGGCAGGCGUGCCAGGCCAUGGGGAGCCUGUACCACACCGACUGCUUCACCUGUGACUCCUGUGGGCGCCGGCUCCGCGGGAAGGCCUUCUACAGCGUGGGCGAGAAGGUGUACUGCCAGGAGGACUUCCUGUACUCCGGGUUCCAGCAAACAGCCGACAAGUGCAGUGUGUGUGGACACCUCAUCAUGGAGAUGAUCCUGCAGGCCCUGGGCAAGUCCUACCACCCGGGCUGCUUCCGGUGCUCCGUGUGCAACGAGUGCCUGGACGGGGUGCCCUUCACGGUGGACGCGGAGAGCAACAUCUACUGCGUCAGAGACUACCACACGGUUUUCGCACCAAAAUGUGCCUCCUGUGCCCGUCCUAUCCUCCCUGCACAGGGCUGUGAGACGACCAUCCGUGUGGUAUCCAUGGACAGGGACUACCAUGUGGAGUGUUACCACUGUGAGGACUGCGGGCUGCAGCUGAGCGGGGAGGACGGACGCCGUUGCUACCCACUGGAGGGCCACCUGCUGUGCCGCCGCUGCCACCUGCGGCGCCUCCGGCCUGGCCCGCUGCCCUCGCCCACAGUGCACGUCACCGAGCUCUGAGCAGGGUGUGGAGGAAGGGCUAGACGGGGCCCAGGUCCCUGUCAGGGCGGGCCUGGCCGCCUCCACCCCCCACACCCCCAGCUGCUGUCCUGUCUGCGGGGGCCGGACCCCCGCGGUGAAGCUACUUCUAUUUAUUCACCAUUUGUGCCUCCUCCAGUUGCUUUCCUCUGGGACCUGCUGUCUCCCCCCACACCCAUGGCCGGCUCUCCUGAGACCCCCGCAUGCCCCCUGCAGACGUGGGUGACGGGCAGCGGCCUCAGCCCAGCCCCCAUGGCCUCCCUGUUCAGAGGGCGCCUGGGGCCCUGGGUGGAUGGCCCUGGAUUUCUGGGGUGUCUCCGAAAGCAGGGGUGGUGGGCGGCACGUGUGUGUGCGUGUGUGUGCGUGUCGGCUGGCCGUGGGUGCCUUGUUUGGUACUGGGGGCCCGGCCUGUGGGCGCUGUGCGAUUCAGCCUUGUCAACCACAGUUCCCACCCCGCUGCUCGCUCCCCUGGCCCCGACUCGGGGGCUGUGCCCCCCCAACGCCCGGCUGAGACGCACCUGCCCUGCAGAGUCCCCGCUGGCUCCGGGUCUGGGUCAGGAGGGGCCUCGAGGCUGGGAAAGCCCCGGCCGUGUGCACUGGGUCCUGGGCUCUAUGACAAAAGGAUAGGAUCUGACUUAAAUUAAGUUUUCCUGCGAGGAGAUUUUCAUUUUCUUAAAAAGAAUAUAGUUUUCUUCUAAGAACUUGGGCCAAGGUUGUUGUUCCUGAAGAAAGCCACCGUGGACUCCUGAGCGUCCAACUCGUGGGGCCCGUGGCUGACGUGCAGAUGGCAAGAACGCCGCGCUCGGUAUUUUUGUAUAAAUGCCUCCAAAAUCCCGGUGUGUGUCUGCCUCUCAGACUCCAGGCUGGGGUGUCUGCGCGCGUCACCGCCUCACAGCCGUGGCGAAUACAGCGCCACUGGGUGCCGGCCCCAUGGCACGUGCGCUUGUGGGCGGGCCCUGGCCGGGACGAGCCGUCACCGUGGUUUUUGCCCGAAGUCUGCUUGUUCUCGUGAGUGCCCUGCCCCCUGUUGGUUACGGCUCUUGCCCACCCCCCACCCCCCGCUCCCCGCCGAGGCUGGUCUCCACGGGUGAGCAGGUGCAAGAAGUUCUUUCCUUGGAUCCGAAGCUGGGUCCUGUCCAGGAGGUAGCAGGGGCUUCAGGUGUGGCCACUCUGAGAGGUGGGGGGCUCCAGGAGAGCCCUGGAUAGGGACUGAGCAUGCGUGUAGGAGUGGGGGUAGCACAUCUCUGGAGGACUGGCCCCCAUGGUGUGUGGCCAUGGGAUCUGUCCGCCUUGGGAGGGGAGCGUGUGUGCACACUUGCCCUGGGGGACCGUGCAGACUGCUGGGAGCAGGCCUGGGGGGGGACUCCAAGAUGGGAGAGUGACCUGCUGUAGGGUUGGGGGGAAGCUCACCAGGUCCCUGGUUUCUGGACAGAGACCCCAGGGAGUGUCUGGGGCCCUGGAGGACCCAGCUGCUCUCCUUCCAUCCGUGUGGGCUGCCCUCCAGAAGCCUGGGGGUGGUCACAGUGGACUUCUGCAGCCCAACAGAGGCUGGCCCUAGGGGACAGGGGUCCCCCCUGCGCCUCCCGGGGCUGCAGCGCCGGGUCCUGGUACAGCUGGUGUGCGGAGGAAGUGUUCAGCAGGGCUGUUUGCGUGCCUGGCACGUGCUCACCUGUCCCCCAGCCAAUCAUCCGCACACCCCACACCCAGUGCGUUCUCUCCAUCUGCUGUGCAGAUGGCCCUGCCCUGCCUGCUGCUCACACGACUGCCCAGGACUGCACCUGGGGGACACGGCCGGCUCACAGGGCAGCCAGGGAGGCGGGCGGUGUCAGAGAACCCUUGGGCUGCUCCUGCCUGAGAGAGCUUUGGGUAGAGGAGCGGGGCCGGCCCUGUGGUUUUGGGAGGAUGGCGGUCACUGGUGGGAAGACGUGGGAUUGCACCUUCCUCUCCGUGGGGACAGGGUCUGCGCCUGCAGUGGCCACAGCUGGCCCAGCCCCCCGCCCAGCAUCUGGCUCCGAAGGAGCAGGUAAAUGCUGAUGGGAUGACGCGGUCAUGGCAGUCAACCUCGCAGAUCACUGGCGAGUGCGGAAGUACCGCUCAGGGAGGGUGAGCCCCUGCCCCGCCUUUGGAGAAAGUACAGCGUGCGGUGCCCCUGUGUCCAGCUGCGUGGGCCCUGCGUGGGGCGGCGGGGCGUGCUGCAGAGGGGACACGGGAUCGACACAGGGGCCGCAGUGAGGUCCCCGCAGGGGCGCGAGCAAGUCAGCCUGUUUUCUGAGUUGGGCCGCUGCUUGAGCUGCAGGCCCUCUGUGCCCAGGACCCCAGGGCAUGUCCACGUUGGGCAGGUGCCCAGGGCCUGCUGCAGGGACCCCGGCCAGGCCCUGGUCUUCAGCCUGCAGAAACGUGGCCUCACUCCUUGCCCCUCCUCCAUGUGAGCUCGUUGGCCACAGUUGCCCUGGGCCUCCCUGCUGCCGGCCCAGGGGGAGGCUCCUGAGUCACUUCCCCCACCCCACACGCUGCACACCGGAGCUGAGCUCCUCCUCCUGGGCCCGUGGAGCCGCCGUCUCCUUUUUCUUUUCCAGUUUCACAUUCAGGAAUGUCUAUACAGGUGCCUCAAAAACCCUGUGGGAAAAAGGCGAAAUAAAAAGGCAUUUAUUUUGAUGCAAAAAAAUUGAAAUCACGUAGUUUUUCCUAGCACAUGUUUUCCACGAGCUUUUUGAAGACCGGGUAUGUGCAUGGAUUUGAAAAACUUGUCUUUUAAUUCCACUUUUUAUUGUGAAAAAGUAUUUUAAGACAAAUGGAAAACUGAGCAAGUUUCAUUUAGCAAAGUACACCCCAAAGGAAGUCACAGUACAAAGGAAGUCAGGCCUCACCAACCCCCACAGGAUUAGCAUCGUGCCACAACUCUCAAAACGGACUUUUCGAAAGCUGGAACUUAACCUAAAAGAUUUCAGGGGCCGGCGCUGUGGUGUAGUGGGUUAAGCCGCCACCCGUAAUGCUGACGUCCCAUAUGGGCGCCGGUUCGAGUCCCAGCUGCUCCACUUCUGACUGAGCUCUCUGCUGUGGCCUGGGAAAGCAGUAGAAGGUGGCCCAAGUGCUUGGGCCCCUGCACCCACGUGGGAGACCCCGAAGAAGCUCCUGGCUUUGGAUCGGCACAGCUCCGAUAGUUGCAGCCAACUGGAGAGUGAACCAGCAGUUGGAAGACCUCUCUCUCGCUCGCUCUCUCUCUCUGCCUCUCCUUCUCUCUCUAGAACUCUGCCUUUCAAAUAAACCUUUAAAAAAAUAAAACACCUUAAAGAUUUUAAAUGAAAACAGAAACUAGAAUGAACAAACACGAGAGACAUCUCUGAACUGGGAGAUCCAGCACCUCCGAGUUCUCCAGAAAAGUCUCCCCAAGGCGUGCGUGCGCGUGGUGCGGCGGGGGACCUCUAAACGUUGAUCGGGAGCGGCGGGACAUAGUUUUAGUUUACUCAGAGUAGUCUGCAUGAGAAGACACUUUAAAGAGGUCAUUCUUCAAUCCGGAUUUCACAAACUCCUGGUGCAAAAGGGGUCCCACCAGCUUCCUCUAGGGCAGUAACCGCUCUCCACGGCUCGCUGGCUGCCCUGUGGAAAUUUGAUUGAAAUAACUCGAAUGCUUCUACAACACUGGUCACCCCGCCCUGCUGUUCUGUCCGCUGUCGCCAGCGCCGUGACAGCCACUCCGUGAUCAGCUCCCCUGGCCUGCCUCUGGCUGCCCUCUGCUGUGGGUUCAGGAAGAGUCUGUGUGUCCGUGCUGCCCACUGGCCCUGUCUGCACACUGCCGCCACGGCGUCCUCGUGGGCGGCCAGCUCCACGUCAGCUUCACCCGUCCCU